CAAACUCGACACAACAUCACAAUGUUCCUACCGAUCUACACGCUAGCGGCCAUAGCGAAUAUAGUCGCAAAAUCGCACAACUAUAACAUCGACCACGAGCUCAAUCCCAAUUUACGAGUCAAAAAAUCAAUAAGUGAUGUGAAAGUGAACGAUUUAGAACGUUUAUAUCCAGUGGAAAGUGAUCAGAGUGAUGACUACGAACCGAACAGGAAUUCUGCAAUAAAUAAAGAAAACCAACUUAAAUAUUCCACUCCAAAUCGCCCGGAUGAAUUGAACGUUAAAGCCCAAAGUCGAGAGAAAAGGAGCUAUUAUGUACCCAUUUCACGACCGAUAGAAGGCUCUAGUACUAGUAUACCAACGAUAACUAAAGAUGUGUCCAGCACAAGUGAUUUAAAUGAUUUAGAACCAACAACUACUACGACAGAUUCAUCAUACAGUGAUUAUAGCGUAGAUUACGAAAAUGAUGGAAAUUUUAUAUUCAAAAACCAACCAGAAGACAUCAAUAAGAAUAAAACGGAUAAAUAUCCGAACGAUGGACUCAAUAACUCGACGAGAAAUAAUACACAAGCAUACUAUCCGCUCAGUCAUACAUUUAUUCCUGGAUAUAAUAAACCAAAAGAUGUGUUUAAUUUUGAAAAGGGACCGGUGUACACAAAUUCAACAGAAUCUAAUACAAAUACUGAACAAAAAAAUGAAGAACUUUUAACUAAAAAGAACAGUGUCAAUGAUAAAAGCAAUGAACGAAUAAAGAGAAGCUAUUAUAUAGCAAAACCCCAGAUAGGCAGACCAGGGAACGCCCAAGCUUACUAUCCACUCAGCCACACAUACAUACCAGGAUAUAAUACACAAGACGUAUUCGACUUCGAUCAAGGUCAAGUUUUACCUAUCUCUAACAAUAAAACUAGCGACACAUCAAAUAAAUCAAAAGAAACUGAACCAAAAGAGAAACAAGAUUCACACAAAAAAGACGACCGAACACAAGGGACAACAACUAAACACAACUUGGUUCGCAUGACAAGGACACCUCAAUGGAAAGAAAACCAUGAUUAUGUAGACUAUACUCAACUACAGUCUAAAAAUAAAGGAGCACCUCAUAAAGAGUCUCAAAAUCCUACCAACUUAGACUACGAUAACGGUGGCGAAUUCAUAGUAAAUCGUCCCAAACAUGCAAACAGAGUAAAACCAAAGCAAAAAAGGCCAGGCAGGCCAAAACAAACCAACACGCCGCACACAGGUAAACAACCUAACAAACAUACAACUAAACAACCUAAAGAUUCAGCUUCAAAAGAAUCUGAAGAAAUAAUUGAUACGUAUUAUAGAAGGGGUAGUGGUAGUAAACAUGCAAACACACGUUUAAAAAGAAGCUACUACAUGCCAAUUUAUGAAUAUGAUCAACACGGACGCAAACAAACGGGCUACCGCCCAUUAAGUCAUACAUACAUACCCGGAUACAAUCAACAAGAAGACGUCUGGCGGUAUGAAGGGGGAGAGGUUUAUCCCUACCCCAGCAACAGUGGUGGUGAAAAAGACAAUACUGGUAUACAAAAAGGACAAGAUGCUUAUGGAAAUGGUUACGACAAUAUAGCACAUCAAAACAACCCAUACAACGAAAAUCGUAACAAUUAUAACACACCACAUAAUGGUUACAACGGACAAUAUCAGGCGUAUCAACAACAGUACCCUGCGAAUCGAGGCUUCACACCUUACCAAAAUGGUUACCAGUAUCCCCCUAAUGAUAAUUAUAACCAACGAAGCUAUCAAACUAAUUAUAAUGAUAUAAAUAAUUCGUAUUAUCAAAUUACAACUACUAAUGUCAAUUCUCUUCCCCAUAAUAUUACUGAGAAUAAAGUGGGAACGGAACAGAACGUAACAGAUGGAAUUGAAGAGCACGAGGAAAUAUCCCAUGAAAGGAUAGUUGCAGGCAUUUGUUUUACGUGUAGAAUUAAUAGAUGUCCUUUAAAUUAUAAAAAAAUAGGACCUAAGUGCGUUCGGAUUCGUUAAUCAUAUUAAUCGGAUAGAACUUCAUAUAUUUUUAGAAAUAAAUUUUGACCUUCUAAAAAUUAUAGGAAAAUUUAUGAAGCGCGAUUGAAUUUGAUUGAUUUGAAAUAAAUUUACAAUGUUUAAAUGAA